AUGGAUAAACCCUGGUUAAUUUUGGGUGAUUUCAAUAGUAUAUUACCUGUUGAUGAAAAGAAAGGUGGCAGGAAUCCAUUAUCUUCUUCUAUAAGGGACUUUCAAGAUUGCAUUGAUUUAUGUGGUCUGCUGCAAGCUCCAAAAAGUGGUCUUGAAUUUUCCUGGUGCAAUGGUAGAGUGGGAAACAAAAGAAUUCUAUGCAAUCUAGAUAGAGCUUUAUUCAACCUAAAAUGGUUAAAAACUUUCAAUGGCUGGCAUUAUCAUGUGGGAACAAGGGGUAUAUCUGAUCAUGGUCCUCUUAUUAGAUCUAAUACUAUUAUUCCUAGAGCAUCCAAUAUUCCUUUUAGAUUCCAAAAAAUGUGUCUAAAUCAUCCUUAUUUUCUUCAAAUAAUGUGUGAAUCAUGGAAUGAAGAUAUCGAUGGAAAUCCUAUUUUUGUGUUCAUGAAUAAACUAAAAAGACUUAAAAAAAUUCUAAAAAUCUGGAAUUGGGAAGUCUUUGGAGAUGUGAAUGUUAAGCUGAAAAAUGUUGAAGACAAAGUUAUGGAGACAACCUUAAAUUAUGACAAGGAUCCUUAUGAUAUUUAUUUACUUCACAGUCUUGUUGUUGCUAGAGGUGAAUAUGAGAUAGCUGCAAAUAAUUACAAUACCUUCUUGAGGGACAGAGCCAGAAUCAAUUGGAUCAAGGAUGGGGAUAUCAACUCUAAGUUCUUUCACACCAAUAUCAAACUGAGACAAGCACAAAAUUCUAUUGCUGAGAUUGAAGACCCUUCUGGUAAUAUAAUAACUAAUCAAAAAGGAAUAACAGAUGUUUUGAUUGAUCAUUUUAGUAAAAAAUUUGAGCACCAUCAUGUUCAAAUAAGUGACUCCAUUUUUGAUGAUGUUCCUCAAGUUAUUUCUGAUGAUGAUAAUUCUAUUUUAGAAGCAGUGCCAGAUUUUUCUGAAAUUAAAAAUGUUGUUUUUGAGAUUAAUCAAGAUGGUGCUCCAGGUCCAGAUGGCUUCAAUGGUGCUUUCUAUAGAAAUGCUUGGGAUAUCAUCAGCAAAGACUUAGUGGAGGCUAUUACCUUUUGCUGGAGUACUAAACUAAUUCCUAGUGGUAUGAAUUCUAAUUUUCUUGUCGUAAUUCCUAAGAUCAAAGGUGCCAAACAUGCUAAGAAAUUUAGACCUAUUGGUUUGAGCAACUUUUUUUUUAAGAUUAUCACAAAAAUUAUUACUAUAAGACUAAGUAGAGUCAUUCAUAAAGUUGUUUCUCAGCAACAAUGUGCUUUCAUUAAAAAUAAGAAUAUACAUGAACAAGUACUCUUAGCCUCAGAAAUGAUAAAUGAAAUGUCUAUAACUAUAAGAGGAGGUAAUUUGGGUCUUAAACUAGACAUUUCACAAGCUUAUGAUACCUUGAGCUGA